UGUUCAGGGUUUGCCAUCAACAUCAAGCUAGCAUGUGAGACCCACUGCAUGCUGGAAUCAUAACGUUCAUCAAAUUUUUUCCACAUUAUAGGAAGACCUUGGUCUUCCCUUCUGAAAAUCAUUCGCCCAUAUAUAACCCUGUUAGCCUUGAGAGAGAAGCAAACCCGACUUUAUUUGACUUCACUGUUUCUUGGAAGUUGUUUUAAUAUGGAGAAUGUUACUCCGGAGCUUGCAUUAUUACCAGGAUUUCGCUUUCAUCCCACCGAAGAAGAACUUGUAGACUAUUACCUCAAGGGAACCGCUCUGGGUAAAAUUUUUCAUUCCGACAUCAUUGGUUUUCUCAACAUUUAUAAACAUAACCCUUGGGAUUUGCCAGGUAUGGCAGGGAUAGGAGAGAGAGAGUGGUAUUUCUUUGUGCCCAGAGAAAGAAGGACUGGUCAUGGCGGAAAGCCCAACCGGACAACUGAGACGGGCUAUUGGAAGGCAACUGGGUCAGACCGUCACAUCAGAUGCCCCAAGGAGCCCCGAAAGAUAGUGGGCCUAAGAAAAACUUUGGUUUUCUACACAGGGAAAGCACCGAAAGGCUGCAGAACUGAUUGGGUCAUGAACGAGUACAGACUCAUCUCCAACACCACCAUUGCUACGGAGGAUAUAGUACUGGCCAAGAUUUACAGAAAGGCAACAUCAUUGAGGGUGUUGGAGCAAAGGGCCGAAGAACUUGUCAGGACAUCUCAUCAAAGCCUUCCUUCAAACGGUGCUCCUCAAAGUAACUUUGAUGCGCUAUUGUCCCUCCAAGACCUUGAUUUUGGAGCAGAGAGGGGAGAGGAAUUAUUCGAAGCAGCAAAGAAGGAAUUGCAUAAGGAAGCUAAUUCUGAAUCCUUAAUGCGAGUUGGAUCCAUGCCAGCAGCGGAGCCCAUCAUGGACUGGACAUCGGAAUCAAUAUGGGCUCAUCUGAGAAGUCCCAGUUCUUAUGCAAUGUGGUGAACAAGUAAUUGGAAUUAGGCAUGCAUGUGGCUAGUAUAUUAUAAUAAAGAUAUGGGUAGUUAAUUUAUGUAAUCAAACUUAAACGCAUGCAUGCAAUUUAAUUUGCAUCAUCCAUGCAGGGUGGUCGUAUUGGAUGCUGCGCUGCUUGCAUGGCUAGCUAGUAGGUGUAGCCGGUUCUUGUGCAGUUGUAAUUUCGUUUUAAUUAAUUAGCCUGCUAAUUUGAUCCUGGUA